AUGGUAAAUCAUUACUAUAAUACAGAAAAGAUAGUUCAGAUAUCUUCUCCAGAUUCAACGGAAAGAUUAUUAUUCAACUAUCUUUGCUCAAAAAUUGAAAAAAAAUACCAGGAUACAAUAAAAAUAAAUUACAAGCUUAUUAAGGAACAGCAACCGUUAUUUCCAACAUGGGACGAUACCUUUCUUUCGCUUGAAGAAGACACAAAUAUUAUUCUUGAAUUAAAUACAUUCUCAGAUCUCUUAAUUGCCUUGAAGGAUAUCGAGGAGAUUGAACCUUAUUCAACAACAUCAAGGAUAAGGGCUUUAGCAAGUCAGCAACGAAAACCAUCCGUACAUUGGCCAACCGCAGAAGAUGAUUUAAUUCAUAUGUCAAACACAACAACAACACAAACAACAGAAUUCAUGACUAUACCGCCUUCUGUUCGUCUAGAUAUUGAAAGCUCAUCACUAUUAGAGGUUCUUAUGAAUCGUGCUGUGCAGCAUUGGUGUUGUAUCAAGUUUAAAGUUGCACCUAUUAGUGUUGAUUUGGUAAAGAACUGGCAAAAGACGCCAAAGGCAAUUAUUUACUGUAUUGCAUCCAUUAGUCUUGUAACGAUAAGGGAUGAACAAAGUAGGGAUGAUAAUGAUGUAUAUCCUAAACAAGCAGCCAUGGUAUUCUAUGAGCAAGCCCGAAAUAAACUGGAUGAUAUCUUAUUCGAUGAUAUGCAACCUUUUAUCCUUCAAUCUUAUUUUUGUCUCAGUUAUACAUCUAAUCUUUUAAGACUUUAUGAACAGCAACGAACUUGGGGAAGUUUAGCGUCAAUUUCAUUGCAGCAUUUAGCGACAAGGGCAGCACCUAUAGAUGAACUAUCAUUAAAAUGUUAUCUACGAUGGUAUUAUGUAGAUGCUUGGAUGUGUCUGACAAUGAAUCGAGAAUGUUUAUUACCUGAUCAUAUUCCUUGGAUCAAUAUAGAUUCAAUUGAUAGACCCUUGACUCAUGAAUUAAAAGCACAACAUGAUGUGUAUCAUUUUGCUCAACUUGCACGAUACAUGAGACGUUAUAUUCGCGCUCUUUACUCUGAUAACCUCUUUGUUUAUUUUAAUCAACAAAAGAGGCCCUCUAAGGUUUACUAUGAGAUUACUAAAAGUCUGAUAGGUUGGUAUUCAAAGUUGCCUAAAUUGAACACCUUCUCGGAUCUUCAUUUGUGUUAUCACUCUAUGCGUCUCUUAGUUCUUUAUCAAUUUCUUCAUCCAAAUUAUCCUCCAACCGAAGAUAUCCUUGUUGAUUGUCUUCAAACAAAUUUGGAGUUACUUCAGGCACUUCAACAUUUGAGAACACUUGGAUGCGAUCAAAGCACGUAUCAUCAUAUGUUCCUUGCUAUUCACAAUACAGCCAAACGUAUCUUCAAUUACGACGAUACCCUGUCAGUAAACGGUAAAAUUAAAUCAUAUGCAGAAGAACAGCUUAAAAUCAAUCUCAUGUUACUAAAGAGUACGCAGGCGUAUGCACAUGAUGUCUUUAAAAUGAAAAUGUAUGCACAAAGGAUUCAAGAUCAAUUCUCAAGGAUGAAAAUCACCACCAUUAAUCAUCAUCAUCAUCGUCGCCAUUUCGUGGGUGGGAAUACGUUUGUGUUUAAACAGAGUUAUAACGAGACGAGUAACAACUAUCCCAUUUUUAUCAGUCCUUCAUCAACAUCAACACCAACAUUUAUGUCCCUUUUUUCACACUAUCAGCAGGCUACUCCAACUCAUGUGUUACCAUCGUCUUCUAUCAUUGUCUUUAAACAUGGGAAAGAUCAUGACUUGGUAUCAAAGCCAAAAAAACGUACCAAAAAGAAAAAGAUGUAG